ACUCCGGCCGCGCCGCCGACCCCGCGUGCGGUGAAUCACUAACCCAGCAUGGUGUGCCGCCUCCGAUGGAUGCCUCCACGGUCAGCAUCGCAGAAAUGUCCAUGGGCGACGACAGUGUGUUUGCCUCUGACAUGGAAGCCGCCAGCGAGGUGCAGCGGAAGCGCAGCCUCCUGCUGGAGCUUCGCGCGGCCAACAGCGAGACUGCGGACGAUGAUAGCCUGAUGAACGACUACCUCAGCCGCCAUCGCGGCUCCAUCUCCGCGGCCAUCGAGAUGCUGAGUCUGUUCACGGAUGAUGACAUCCCGGCAUGGCAUGGUGCCGAUGCCGAGGGAGACUGCAGCUCCCGCGUUGAUGAUAGUCUGUCACUUCACGGGGCAGACUACACUGACAUCAUACCUGCCAUGCUGCGAGGUAUGGGUGGUUGGCAGGAUGGCGAUGUAGGUCAUCGAGGUCCGCGUGACGCCGGAGACGGAGCGGAGGAUCCCAUCAGCACCUCAUGUCGUCAGCCAGCCACAAGCGCUGUGUUCAAGAGCAUGAGUGACCCUUGUGUGCCAGCUAGCCGGGUCUCAAUUACUGAGGUCGCUCAUGAUACGCAAGCACCGACAGUCACAUCGCCAACUCCGACUGAUGAUGCAUCACGCACCUCCGAAGUCCACACCAAGAUGGAGGACGUAACCGAAGUGACACAAAUCGACUCUGGAGAAAGCAUCGAUGAGUUUCUCAGGCUGGAAUCUACACUUGCCAGAGAGGCCUCAGAGGCUAACAGUGGAGCUUUUGACAAAAGUCUUGGCUUGGAGAGCAGUGGCAACGAGCAUGAGGCAGCACAAGAGCGCGAGCGCAAUGUAAGCAUCUGCUCCGUGAUGUCUGAAGAUGACCCUGCCUUGUUCCUGCGUGCCCUGUUAACCAAGGGUCGCCAGGACAGCGUAGCCUCUGCCUCGUCCGACGGGGUUCGGGUGAUGGAGGUCACCUCACCACACUCUGUCCUGCAUGAGCACAGCUACGACGUCGAGGAGCCCGAGACUACCGACGCAGAGGAUUCUCAAGAUGAUGACGAUGAUGAACAGACGCUGGCCGGAAGUGAAGGAGAAGAAGAUCUCCUGGAUGAGGCUGAAGAAGACGACGAGGAACCAGCUCCAGAGGAGGAAGGGUUUCCGUCCAUCCUGUCUCCAAUCAGUGAGCGCAGUGAGCCAGGGAGUUCAGAGUCGCGAACGCCCAGUCCUGAUGAGGUCAAUCCCGUGGGCGAGAAACUACCGCGCGGCUACAGCGCGUCUCACUCUCUGCAUGGCACCAUGCGCUCACUGCUGGACAAGCUGAAGAUGCCGCGCUGGUCGGCUGUGGAGCGACUAGCGGCCCUACCACCACCCUCCGCGCAUCAAAGAGCUCUGGCUGCCACCCUGGCCGUAUCAGAGUACAGUCCGCGGCCGUCGCUAGCAAGCUCCGGAGAUGAGAGUGAUGACACGCUCGGAGAAAGAGUUGUAGAAGGCUCUGAAGGAAGCGGAAGUCUACGAGCAGCCCGUUCGGGUAGUUUGGAUGAGCUGUCGUCCUCGAGGAGCUCAAUCGAGCGAUCUCGAAAGAUUUCCCGAGAUCUAGAGACGCAUGAGCUUGAAGAGUCAAAGCGUGCAGGUGCUGAAAGGAGGGCUUUCCCUUUACGACGUAGCUGCAGCACCGAGGAGCUCGAUGAACUUAAUGAAUUUCUGCAGCUUGAGAGGCAGAUCAUGUCAGAGACAGAGACAGAAUGUGAAAUGAGGUGAUGCGUUUUUGGAAAUUAACAACAUCGAAGUCAAACAACCUGCCAACUGUCUCGCUACAAACUUUGUGUUGUGACAUGCAAGAGCGUAACGAUGUAAUGUUUGAUACUAACUGCAGUGAGAGUCCGGGAAUUGUAGCUAGAAGUGUGCUGUGUUUUCAUUUAUUUAUUGAGCUAACUACGCGUGAAGAUUAUUUUGCAGCCGCAUGCCCCAAUGCAUGCGUAUUUUGCAGCUAGCCGAUGCUUAUCAAGGGGACCAAACAAGACAACGGCCCUGUUUGACCAGUAGUGCCCGCCAGCAGCCGCCCAAGUUCACCACGGAGCUCACCGACCAGAAGGCGAAGGAGAACUCGAGCGAAGUGGAGUUCAAGUGUGCCGUCUCGGGUGUACCGAGACCAGAGGUGACGCUGUUCCACAACGACCUACGACUGUCGCUCUCUCGCUUCGUGCGUAUCCUGUACGUGGACGACCGCGUCAGUCUGGUGCUGUGCGAUGUCACUCCAGACAUGGCCGGCCAGUACACGGUGCGCGCCGUCAACCCGGCCGGAGAGGCCACCUCCACCGCCACGCUGGAGGUGCAGGAAUUGUCUGAAGAGGAGC